UCAGUCGGCGUUUAGCUGCCAAGGCUUCGCUCGACGGCGAUUCGUUUCGUUUCGUUUCUCUCUGUCGCGUCGCGUCGUGCGAUCGUACAUAAACAAAAUCGCGGGCGCGUCACGUCACGUCGCGUCCCGUCAGUGCGUCCGUCGCGAAAAUUCCACUCGAUCUCGCUGUCGUGUUUUCUCUCUGUGAAUGUCCGGAUGCACGUUUCGCAGCGGUGACUUCAUGGUGCGACGCGAACAUCCACGCGACUCGACACGGGACACUCAAUUGUGCAUCGAGUACGGGAAAUCGGUGGACGCCAUGGAGCCGCGGGAUUGCUGAUUGACCUGAUCUCUCUCAGUUUCGAAGCGGGGACCGCACGUGACCAAGAUGGAGCGGUGGACCGUGUACACGAUGACGUUGCAGAUUCUCGCCGCCAUCGUUCGUGCUACCGAGGAUUUUCGCCACGUCUCGUACGAAGAUUUAGCAGAGACCAGGAUAUUUCGACAAGAAGGGGUCACGACUUAUUCUCAGCUGCUUUUCGAUGUGGCGCGGCAGCAAGUCGUUGUCGGAGCACGGGAUAAUUUAUACCGCUUGACGCUGACGUCGCUGACGGACCUGGAGCACGCCUCCUGGUCCGCGCCGGAGGACAAGGUCAACACGUGUCAGAAUAAGGGACAGAGCGUCGAGGAUUGUCGUAAUUACGUCAAGGUGCUCCUCAGCAACGGCAAGAGCCUCUUCACCUGCGGCACUUACGCAUUCAGCCCGUGGUGCGCGUGGCGAGAGAUCGAGAAUAUAACGAGCGUGACCAGCGAGAUGUCGGGCGUGGCCAUGUGCCCGUACUCGCCGCAUGCGAACGUCACGGCACUUCUCUCGAGAGGUCCAUCCGGCGGGCUCUUCGCCGGUGCACCCACCGAUUUCUCCGGAGCCGAUCCCGCGAUCUACAGGACACUGGCCUCCCCGAACCUGAGGACGCGACAAUACGACUCCAAGUGGCUGAACGACCCGCAGUUCGUCGGCAGCUUCGAGACGGAGGAUCACGUGUACUUUCUAUUUCGCGAAUCCGCCGUGGAAUACAUCAACUGCGGCAAGAAAAUAUACUCGAGGAUAGCGAGGGUCUGUAAAAACGACCGAGGUGGACAGAUCAUGUUGAAAGACGUAUGGACGACUUUCAGUAAGGCUCGCUUGAAUUGUUCGCUCCCCGGCGAGUUCCCAUUCUAUUAUGAUGAAAUCCAAGGCGCUGCCUAUCAUCCGGAGGAGGGAAUCAUUUACGCGACGUUCACGACUCCCAUUAACGGCAUUGCAGGCUCGGCUAUCUGCGCGUUCAACAUGUCCGCCGUCGCCGCCAGUUUUAACGGGCCUUUCAAGUAUCAGGAAAACGCGGGUGCCGCCUGGGAAAGGAGACCGGUCGCCCAUCAUAAUCGCCAACGCUGCGGUCCCCCGUCUAGCACCGCGCCGCAUCAGAUCAUGGACAAUCAGCGGUAUCAGCUGAUGGACGAGGCAGUGCAGAGCACGAUGCUGGAGCCGCUGCAUACCGCGACCCUUGAGCGAUUCACCCACGUCGCGGUGGACGUUACCCCAACUAAGCUGCAUCGCAGCGUGACCGUCCUUUACGUCGCCACGGCGACCGGACUGAUCAAAAAGAUUUCGGUCCUGCCUAGGACGCAGGAGACCUGCAUCGUCGAAAUUUGGGGACCCUUGCUCUCGUCGCCGUUGACGUUGCAGUUUCUCAAGGACACGCAGAGUCUCUACGUCGGCAUGGAGAUUGGUCUCUUACGCAUACCUGCCGUUCAGUGUUAUCGUCAUCGGAGCCGUCAAGCGUGCUUGAACGCCCAGGAGCCGUAUUGCGGGUGGAACGAACAUCUCAUGAAGUGCGCGCAGGCACCGAAGCAGAAUUAUCUGGCGAAUCAUUGGCAUCAGGAGGUCACCAAGUGUCCGGUGCUUACCGAUCCUGUUGACGGAGGCUGGAGCGCGUGGAGUCCUUGGUCGCCCUGCCAACACGGCACGGGAGAGCAAUCGUCCGGACACGGUCACGCUCACUCGCACUCGCAUAGCGAACACGAGAAAGUCGAUACGUGUCAGUGUCAAACCAGGGAAUGCAAUAAUCCUCCACCGCAGCACGGUGGCGAGAGUUGCACGGGCACGCGUGUCAGAGUGACAAAUUGCACGAUUCACGGCGGUUGGACCGCUUGGUCAGCUUGGUCAGCUUGCUCUCAGACCUGCGGUUUCGCGAUGAAAACCCGCCGGCGUUCCUGCACGAAUCCGGCGCCUGCAUUCGGCGGGCGCGUUUGCGUCGGUCAUGAUCACGAUGAUAUCAUGUGCAUCGAUCUGCCGCCCUGUCCUGCCCCCGCUAAAGCCACUCCGCCACCUCAGAAUGGUCAAUGGUCGACCUGGGGUCCCUGGCUCGCGUGUUCGCGACCGUGUAACGGCGGAAUACGCAUCAGAAAGAGAACCUGCGACAGUCCAUCAUCAAAGAAGGGCGGUGUCGAGUGUCCAGGAUGCGAUUUUCAGACCGAGGAGUGUAACACUCACGAGUGCCCCGAGACGAGAAGGUACUCCGGAUGGACCCCUUGGUUGGCCGUGAAUGCUAGUAUACAAAAUGGCAACACGGUUUACCUGGAGAAGCGCUUCCGAUUCAGUUGCCGCGCGCAGACGGAUGAUCCAUCAAGCGUGCGAGUACAGCUCGCCAAGGAAGAGGAACGUACCUGCAGGAACGACGGCGGGAACGGCGGUUGUCAAAGAGCCGGGAAGGAUGCGUACGUGGAGCCUAUCAACGAGAAUGGUUGGGGCGAAUGGUCCUCUUGGGGCUUGUGCGACCGCCCUUGCGGAAGGGGUAUUCAGCAUAGGGUGAGACAAUGCGAGUCGCCACCUUGCGAGGGUCUCCCCACACAAAGUAGAGUCUGUAAUUCACAUCCAUGUCGCGUGAAUCUCGGCAGUGACAAUACGGCAGAGGGUCAAUGGUCUUGCUGGACGGAAUGGUCCGAAUGCUCGGUAACUUGCGGCGUCGGAGUGCGCACGAGGACGAGAGAAUGCCUCGGUCCGGAGAGUUGCAGCGGCCCGAGAUUGGUCAGGGAGUCCUGCGAGAUGCCCAGUUGCGAAUCGUUGGCCGGUUGGGACAUGUGGUCGCACUGGACCCCCUGCGACAGUGAUCAUCAGCAGCAUCGGAAGCGAACGUGUCUUCAGCAUGGACCCGGCCUGUGUCAAGGGCCGACUCGCGAGACACGUGACUGCCUUCCAGACUGCAUGGAUAAUGACGUAAACGCUUUGCCUUCGAGUGUGGAGAGUUCGGGCGUCACGGUGGGCGCGAUAGUGGGCAGCUGUGUGAUCAGUUUUAUUGUCGGCCUGGCCUUAACCGCGGUGUUGUGCUUCUGCUAUUUAAAGCGACGCAAGCCGAGCAUUCCAGGAAGUCCGCAUUAUAUCAGCAAGCAGAAUUCUUACGUCAUCGUGCCGUUGAAGGAGGUGAACGCGAAGCGACAGCCCAGUUUUUCAGGCAGCACCAACGGAAACGGUACUCUACGCGGCAAGAACAAUCCCAACGUCAACGGCCUCGGCAGCCCCAAGUUGUAUCCAAAGAGUCUCGAUUACGAGUCCACCACUCUGAAGCGUAACAGUCACGGGCAGCAACACAUCCGUGCCGAUCUCGAUCAGGACAAGUACUAUUGAACGAGUUACCUGUGCGGACUCGCGUAUCAGUGUCGUUUGGCUGGUGAUCUGUAUUCUGGUCUUUUCAAGCACGUGAUUUUUCGUGUGAUUUAAUCGUACAGUGAGUCGUAGGUAACGUUGCCGAGCACGAACGCGAACUCAUUCCACGCAUUUGGCAGCUGCACGUAAAUCUUGUUGAUCGAUUAGUGCUCGAUUGAUGUUAAAGUGACAAGUGUGAGGACAAACCUCCUGUUACAGGAAGAAUGUAUUUACUUAAUUAAGCUAAGGCGUCAUCUUUGACAUACAUACGAUCGAUCAAGCAAGCGCCUGUCUAUAAGACUAUACGUUUUUAGCAUUAAGUAAGUGAUGUACGCGCUCUCCGGCGCGUUUGAGAGUUAAUGACACUGCGAUUAACGAUGCAAAUUAGUCGAAAUUAUUCAGUAUCGAGUGAUAAAAAUUCGGUAUAUAUUUCGGAAGGGACAUAACAAUAUUCUUUUUUCGUGCUGCCGUAUCUUGAUAUAUGAGAUAAUGGACAUUUUGUGAUGUAUCGUUCAUCAUACGAUGCGAUAACUCAGCGGACCCCAAGGAGAAAACCGUUGUUUCGAGAAAGUUUAUAAGAGUUUAUUUUUGUUUCUAUGUAUAUAUCUGUGAAAAAGAGAGACAGAGAAUGCGAACGGACGAAAUCGAGAAUCAAUCCCGCUCACGCUUGGGCAUUCAACUUUGACUCAUCUGUAUAAAGUUUCAUGAUUUCUCAUGGGAAUGCAUUUUCAUAUAUUUCAUAUAUUUGUAGGAUUUUAUUCAUGCAAGGAGAAGAUAAUAAGAGAGAACGACACCGCAACUCAUGCUUGGGCUGCCGAGGAUUGAUGGAUUGAUUUAGAUAUAUAUAUAAAAAGUUGUUGUACAAAUACAAAAUGUAUUGUGUAGGUUUGCGUGAAGAUAUUUUGGGGAGAUAGUUCGUCUCUUUUGUUUUUAUUCAGGAGAAAUAUUGAAUUUUAUACUGAGUAACGUAGUGCCAUGGAUACGGAGUUGUACAUAAGAAUGCAUCUUCUUAAACGUAGCUUUACGAAUGAAAGGAAUGCGUAUAUUAUGUAAGAAAUGAACACACGUCGCGCGACGAUUGCGUUUAUAUUGGCUCACAUUGAGUCGCGCUCGCGAAUUACGUUUAUGCAUGCGACCGCUGAUAUAAUUCAUCUUUCUUCUUGCCGGAUUCAAGGAGAGAAUCAAAUUUUUCAUUUUAAACUUGAAAGAAUCGCUUAUUGUCUUCCAGAAUGUAAGAGUUCAAUCGCGUUAAUCGCCUCCCGCGAGUUUAUAUAAUAAUCCGUCAUGGAAAGAAUGUGAGAUAAUAUGUGAGGUAACGUAAGGUCGCGAAAUUUAUGAUGUAACAACGUUUGAUGUUGCUGCGAGCAUCAGAUAAAUUAUCAUUUCAAGGUCACAUGUAUAGCCGAGUAAUAAAUACCGUACCCGAUGCAUUUAUCCCGCGUACUUGUUUGUAAUAAAGACAAGAUUCUUUUUUUUU